UCACUUCCUGGACACACUUCCGCAACUUCUUGCUGCAAAACCAAAUCUCUUUCUACUGCACCCUAAGAUGAAUGUCAUUUGGCGAAGUCUGGCCCUUUGUUUUAAACGCUGGGCUUUAAACUGGCAGACCUUUGUCCACCAUCAUGUGCACCCAGCCCCACCGCCAUAUGACCUUGUGUCCCAGAUUCUCCGAAAACCGAAGGACAUUGCCGCCUUGUACCGGGAAUUCAGUCAGUUUCCAUCUCUGUCUAGUGUGUCUAUAGGUCCAGAAGUCACCACACAGUAUGGGGGCAAAUACAGCAAUAUCUACACAGAAUGGUCACAGAGAGAUCUAGAUCGCAGUGAACAAGUGAAGUUUUGCCGGCAAUACAUCGUUUUCCAUGACAAUAAUGCUGUUGUAUAUUCUGGUGCUUGUGGAAAUGGAAGUGAGAUUAAGGGCGAACUUCUCAGCAGGGAGUCCCCUUCUGGAACCCUAAAGGCUGUUCUGCGGGAGACUAAAAACAGCAAAGGGGAGGACACACAGUUUCUAGAGAUCUGGGAACGGAAUCGCAAAGUGAAGAGCAUUAACUUGACUGCACUGGAUAAGCAUGGGAAGGUGUAUGAAGAUGAGCAGUUUGGAUGUCUGUCCUGGUCACACUCAGAGUCUCACCUACUGUAUAUUGCUGAGCGGAAGCGGCCCAAAGCAGAGUCCUUUUUCCAGGCAACCACAGGGCAGCUGAGUACAGGAGCUUCUGAAGAAGAGGAGGAUGGCGUUAAUAAACCCAUAAAGGGAGAUCAGUUUGUGCUGCAUGAGGACUGGGGGGAAGGUCUUGUGAAUAAAAGUGUCCCAGCUCUGUGUGUCUUAGAUAUUGAGAGCGGCAACAUUUCUGUACUGGAGGGGAUCCCAGACCAUAUAUCUCCUGGACAGGCAUUCUGGUCUCCUGGUGAUACUGGAGUGGUGUUUGUUGGCUGGUGGCACAGUCCAUUUCGUGUAGGGCUUAAGUAUUGCGCCAACAGGAGAUCAGCUCUGUUCUUUGUGGACUUGACAGAGGGUAAAUGUGAGAUGCUCUCAUCAGACUCCUCUGCGGUGUUUUCUCCCCGCCUGAGCCCAGACAAGUGCCGAAUUGUGUACCUGAAAUGUAAUGUGUAUGGGCCUCACCAGCAGUGCUGCCAGCUGGUUAUGUAUGAUUGGUAUACCAAGGUGACAUCCAUUGUUGUGGAUACUGUGCCUAGAUCCAUAGAUGGCAAGUUCUCGGGCAUCUACACCUCUCUCCUGGCACCAUUUUGUUGGUCAGCAGACAGUCAGAGAGUGAUUUUUAGCACCGCACAGCGUAGCCAGGAGAACCUGUUUGUCAUUGAUACAAGUACGGGAAAUGUAACACAACUUUUCUCCAAAGAAUCUUCACCAGGUAGUUGGAAACUCAUGGCUAUUGACCGAGACCUCUUGAUAGUUAGCUUUUCAUCUCCAAGCUGUCCACCAACAUUGAAAGUUGGUUUCCUUCCUUCAAGUGGGAAAGAAAAGGAGGUUACAUGGAUUUCGUUAGAGGAGGAAACCCCUAUUAAAGACAUAGAAUGGAGUAUCAAGAUCCACCAUCCACCUCAAGAGCAGGAUAAUCCACAAUAUCCUGGCCUUCUGUUUGAGUCCAUCCUCUUAAAGCCAAAGAAUGCCUCACCUGAAAGCAAGAUUCCAUUGGUUGUAUACCCACAUGGGGGUCCGCACUCUAAUUUUGUCAGUGAGUGGAUGCUGUUCCCAGCUGUCCUAUGUAAAAUGGGUUUUGCUGUGCUUCUAGUGAAUUACAGGGGAUCCUUAGGAUUUGGGCAAGAUAGCAUCCUCUCGCUGCCAGGCAAUAUUGGGGACCAAGAUGUGAAAGAUGUGCAGUUGGCUGUGGAACAGGUUCUACGGGAAGACUCUAUAGAUCCACAUAAGGUUGCAUUAUGUGGAGGCUCACAUGGUGGCUUCUUGUCUUGUCACUUGAUUGGGCAGUAUCCUGGAUUCUAUAUAGCCUGCAUUUCCCGGAACCCAGUGACCAAUGUGCCAGCAAUGGUAGGAUCAACUGACAUUCCAGACUGGUGCCUUGUGGAAUCUGGCUUGCCCUAUUCUCCUGAGACUCUCCCAGAUCCUGCACAGUGGGGAGACAUGCUAAAUAAAUCCCCUAUAAGAUCGGUAUCACAGGUAAAGACCCCAGUCCUUUUGAUGCUGGGAGAGGAAGACAGACGGGUCCCUAACAAGCAGGGACUGGAGUAUUAUCGAGCUCUGAAAGCUCAUGGUGUACCUGCACGGCUGCUUUGGUAUCCAGGAAAUAAUCACUCGCUGGCGAAGGUUGAUGCAGAAUCAGACUGUUUCAUGAACAUUGCACUGUGGAUUUUGAAACAUAUGAAGCAAACUUGUUGAUUCUA